ACCGAUCCACAGUGCCUGUCCUGUACAUAGGCAAGGCUAUUAUGAUGUGGACGCGAUCUUCUCCUUCAGACCCUCACCAUCGUCCUGAUUGACAGCGAAUGACUUUGUUGGCGUCCUUAUGUCCUUGUCUUCAUCCUACCCCUUGUCUUCGCUCAUGUCUGUCUUCACUCUUCCUUCCGCUUCUACCCGGCUUGUAUGCAUCUUAUAGAGAUCGCGCCUGUCAGCAUUGUAUCCUCCCUAGUUCCUAGAAACUACUUCUGACACCUGGAACCAAGACCUGAGUUCUCUUCACUGAGAAAUAAUGGCUGUGGUAGAGGCCCGGCCGAACCCGCCUCCAAACCCGCGCUCGAAUCGACCAAACGCCCUAGCUGAUAUACAUUAUGGCUCUAUCGUGGCAUCUGAGUCGGGAACGCCUUCGGAAGAGGAUGAGCAUGAAGAUGUAUCCAAGUAUACUAGAGAGGAUGCAGAGAAUGCGAUUGGCGUCAGUAUCGGCCAAGAGCAAACACGCCUCACCUCCCCAAAGACGCCUGCUGCUGAGAAGGCUGCUGCUAUGGACGAUCUCGAUGGAGGAGCAUUGUUUGACAGCGCCCUGGUAAACACUGGCCAUGACUCGCAGGAACCCAGCCCUGAGAAGGUGGAAAGUACCGAGGAGCCUUCGAGCUACUUUGAACAACCUAUCGACAACGCUGUGAACCAUUCAUAUCCCGUCAAAGAAGAAGAGUCCCCUAAUUAUCCACCCAUGCCUUCACCGUGGCGGGCGCAACCUCGCAAGUUUACCCGACUGGAGGCUACACGGAAUACAUUGCGAGAUAGUUUUGCUGGUGGCCGACGAAGAGCACACUCCAGUAGCGGCAUGACUGCCGAAGCGAUCAGAAAGUUCAUCGGAAGCCUUCCUUCUAUGCCCAAAGGACCUGCUAUGCUGCAAUUUAGCCUCCCCAAUUUCUCCAGCAAUGACAAACCGAUUGAGGUGAAUGAAUAUACUAGAGCGAGACCGGCAUAUCCCACACGCACCAAAUCAGGUGCACACAAUCUCCCUCAAAAUGACGGCGCAUCAGGGUCCAAGAUUCGACAUGACUCCCAGAUAUCCCCUUUGCAAAGUGGUAGCACUAUUACCGGACCAUCUGCGAUGCAGUCUCUAGAUCAAGUCGCAGCUUCCGAUUAUGCAGCUUUGCAACGGGCCAACUUCGAACAGCCUCAGCGGCCAAUCCAUCGACCACCCCUGAAAACACUUCCGAGUCAACUUCGGAAAUCAGCCUCCCAUGAUUCGUUGCUCAUGCGCCGAACUCUUUCGACCGCCUCGUCUCUGGGCGACGAUGGGCGAUUUGACAAUGUUUCCGAUCAAGUGAAUAGUCGAUUCAAGGCUAUUAAAGACAGCUUGCAGGACGCCAACUUCAAAUUGCCCAGCAUACCGACAAGAACGACUUUCACCAAUUUUGACUUUAGUGAUUCAGUUUCGAAUCUCUUUGGCGAGAAGAGGAAUAAUAGGUUUUUGGAAUCGAAUAGUCCGGAUGGUUCAUUUGGGAGUGCUGGUAGUCGAAGUCCUCGCCCCUCAUAUAAGCGAGGUUCUUUGAAUGCAUCUUCAAAUACACCAAGCUCAUCUGGUAUGGACCCCGCUUUUUCUGCUACUCAUCCACACUUUACGCGGGCUCUGGAGAGGCUCAACGGAGAUGUCGUUAUCAUGGGGGGCUAUAGGGGCUCUAUCCUACGUUCUGCUGAACCUCCCAAUCGCCAACUAUGGGUCCCUAUAAAAGUAGGCCUCAACAUACGAAAGGUCGACUUGGAGGUGGGUCUUGAACCAGAAGAUGAGGAGACGAUGGAAAAGCGAAUAAUACCAAGCGGGAUGCUCAAAAAUAUAGGGCCUGUAGACAUCUCUCGACGACUCUUCAAACGAUUACGACAUUCGGAGAAUGCGAAGAGUGGUCGAUUACGUGUCCAUGACUACGGCUACGACUGGCGGCUUAGUCCUCACAUCCUUAGUCGCAAACUCAUAGAAUUUCUCGAGUCUUUACCAUGUAAUCAACCUGACGUACCAUCCUCGGAGCGUGGCGCCACUGUUAUCGCACAUAGUCUAGGAGGUCUCAUAACUCGGCAUGCCGUGAAUAGGCGUCCUGAGCUCUUCGCUGGAGUUGUAUACGCAGGUGUGCCUACGCGAUGUGUCAACAUCCUUGGCCCUUUUCGUAACGGUGACGACGUUCUCUUUAGUUCACGUGUACUCACAGCGCAAGUCAACUUCAGCAUUCGUACGAGUUUUGCCCUACUUCCUCUCGAUGGCGAAUGCUUCAUCGAUAAGCAGACAAAAGAGCGCUACACAGUCGACUUUUUUGACGUCAAGAAUUGGAUCGACUACCGCUUUUCUCCAUGCAUUGCACCACCGCUUCCUGCCCUCAAUGCAGCUCCGCAGAAUACCAUCUCUGGCAUGAUCUCCUCCAUGGCAUCGAUGCUCAAUGAUCUUCCGAACCCCUUGAAUCCUCGCAAGAACUCAAUGCCAAAAUCAUGCUCUGAUGGCCCGCCCGCCGAAACAAAAGAACACCUCAUGUCUGCCAUACAUACCGCCGAAGCUCAAGUCAAGUCAGGCGGAGCAAACAAUUUCGAGCCUCAGAUGGGCGGUAAAGGCUCUCCCCCACCCACCUCGGCUUCUCCUCCUGUGACCGCACACAACCAGCAUAUGCGUCAGAGCUCUGGUAGCGGGAGCACAGCCUGCACCAUUCCAUACGCCAAAGCAAUCGCAUAUCUCGAGCGCACUCUCGCGGAUACCAAACGAUUCAAGCUCGAACUCGAGCAUCAGCCUGCUCAUGCUGCUGCAAAUGCUUACCCACCCAUUGCCACCAUCUACGGCAAAUCUACACCGACGGUGUAUGGUGCGAAGGUCACUGGGCGGGACGGGAUACGCAGAGCAGAUGCGUAUGAUGAGUUGGCGUUUGCGAGUGGGGACGGAGUUGUGCUGGCACGCGCGGCGCAGAUACCGGAUGGGUACAAGGUCGUUAGUGGUGGUGUCGUGAGUAGCGAGCGUGGACAUGUCACGCUUUUGGGCGACUUGGAGGCUGUCGGGAAGUGUUUGGAUAGAGUGACGCAGGCAAGGAGGAAGCAUGGUAUUGGGCUGGGGGUUGGAAAGAGCAAUGAUUGAAUGGACUUGUAUAUUGGAUAUUCUGUCGCCUGUUGGAUACGCAUGCUCAGUCUCAUACGAUAAACGUGGAGGUUGUUCCAUUCGAUUUCGCAUUCCUCCUAGAACGACGUAGACGAUUCACUACUUUUGGUGUAUAACACGGUUUUUGAGGCCAAUAAUACUGACCAACUCUCUACUGAAUAGACAAAUUCGCAUAAUAUUCUAGACUCCAUACGGUUGAAGGUAAGAGAUAGUAAUAGAUUCUUUUAUAGCGUAUUCAUAAG